AUGAGCAGCAGGCAGGCGUAUGCCUGGCACAUCAGGGCGCUGCUGUUGCAAUACCAACAGCAGCAACAACAGCAGCAGCGGCAGCAAGGGCCAGAGUGCUCUCUGGCCCUCACAUUGAUUAAUGGCGUGCCGCUCACGCCGUACCAAAAGGCCUUCGCCGCGCAGCAGCUUGUUAGCUUGGCCAUGAGCACUCCCACAGCGGAGUCGCAAUGGGCCCGCGGCAAGCGCAUCACCAUGUCGCGCCGUGCCCGGGCAGUGCCUGAGUCUGAUGACCGAUCGCUCCGCUCCGCACGCGGUGCUCGACAUCAGCGCCCCCCCCCCUGGCGCAGCCAGUCCGAUGACUCGAUGCCUUCUAGGCUUCGAUAG